ACGUGCGUGAUUCUUAUCCAAUCAAUUAUCACGUCAUACCCGAUGAUGGGAGUAAGACGCGUCAUUUUCGGCAUUCACUCACUUUGGUUCUCCGAGGUUCUCCGUCGCCGAUUCUUUGAGUCCAAGCUCUUCACGCGGAACGCCAAUGCCUUAAACGUUGUUCGUUUUUAUCCCAAUGUUCCAACAUGCUUCGCUGCUGAGCCGGGCCUCUUUACGGAGAACAUACACCACACAAAUAUCGCCAACUCGGUGGCAGAAGCAUCUACGGAGAGCGAGCCUGGUAGCCUUCAGUGUAGGAUCUUUCUAUACCGCAGACAGGCUAUUCAAUGCGUCUUCAAUAACACGGAAUCUUAGGACUCUCUACACAUGUGCUAUGAUAACAAUAGAUUAUAAAUUAAAUUUUACAGAGGAAAAGAGCGACCAGAUUACAGAAUUGCAUACUCGAGUCGCUGAUAGAAUGUACAAUUUAUUCACUUCUAAUGGAGGUCUUUAUAUCAAGAUAGGUCAAGCCAUUGGUGCUAAUGCUGCAUUACUACCUAAACCUAUGCAGGAAAAGUUUGCCCGACUAUUUGACGAUGCACCCCAAAUUCCCUAUUCCGAUGUUUUGCACGUUUUCAAAUCCGAAUUUGGUCGUCCACCGUGCGGGCCUGACGGUGUAUUUGAGAUAUUCGAGGAGCAGGCUAUCGCAAGCGCCAGUAUUGCCCAAGUACAUAGAGCCAAAUUACGGCCUCUCCCAGGUGAUACAGAGGGAAAGUGGGUUGCGGUCAAGAUUCAAAAACCGGACGUUGCAAAACAAAUGAAAUGGGAUUUGGGUGCAUAUAGAUUUGUUAUGUAUAUGUUCGAGAAGUGGGCAUUUGAUCUCCCGGUGUACUUCGUAGUUGAUUUCGUCUCGGACCAUCUUCGUCGUGAACUAGAUUUUAGAUUGGAGGCCGAAAAUGCGAAGCAAACUGCGAUAUUCAUUGCUUCAGAACCACGGCUCGCCAAGAAUGUUUACAUACCCAAAGUCUAUGACGAACUCACCACCAAACGCGUAAUGACUGCGGAGUGGAUAUCUGGUGUUCGCCUCAGCGAUCGUAGUGGAAUCAGACUUUUGAUGGCGGAAAACAAUAAUCCCGUAGUCGUUCAGGCGACUGUACCUUCAUUCGUGGACACGUCGGAAGACAAUGCUCCUCCAUCAUUUUCUUUUCCUCCUACACCUCUCAAAGGUGGCGUCCGAUCUGUGAUGCAAAUCAUGGUCGAAUUGUUCAGUGCACAAAUGUUUAGCUGGGGUUGGUGCCACGCGGAUCCCCAUCCUGGCAACAUCAUUAUUCGUCCCAAUCCACACGAUCCGACCCUUCCACAGCUUGUACUUCUGGAUCAUGGACUCUACGUUCGCGCUGAUGAGGAAUUCCGACGGGAUUGGGCAUCAAUGUGGAAAGGACUUCUUACCGGCGAGUUCAAAAGCGUGGAGCGAACGACGAGGAAGUGGGGAAUGGGACUUCCUGACAUGUUCGCGAGUGUCGCACUGGCAAGGCCGGUGCGGCUAACUAGGAAGGACAGAAAAGCGGAGGCGGAGAGAGUCACUCGGGAAUUAGAAGAGUAUAUGAGUCUCAGUCAAUAUGAGCAAAGUGUCAGAAUGAAGGCAAAACUCAAACAAUUCCUUACUGAUACCGACCGAAUGCCAAAAGCCUUGAUCUUCCUACUUAGAAACAUGCGGAUCGUCCAAGGAAACAAUCAAUCCUUUGGGGCCCCCGUGAACCGAGUCAAGAUAAUUGGAUUAUGGGCAUCAAAUUCUCUCACUCGUCUUCCUAACCUCACCAUCGGUGAGCGCCUACGCGAGUAUGUCAACGAUAUCGUUUUUCGCAGUGUCCUUCUCUCUCUGGAUCUUGCAUUCUGGACCACACGUUUGAGGCAGCGUAUCUUUGCUAUGUUUGGAUUGAAGUCGGGUAGUUUUGAAGAUGAGCUAGAGAAGGCGAUGCGGGGUAUGAUGAAAAGUAGUGUAGGGGUAGAAGUAGGUGCUACUGCGUUCAGUGGAUAAUGGAAAUGGGUUUAGUUUCCCCGGUCAUCAGAGUUGAAAAAUGUUGAUGUUAGUUGAAGCUCGUAUUCUGUUCUGUAAGUGUUGCUAUAAGGAAAACUAAAUGAAAGCUUGAGCAACUUAAAUUACAGUAGAAGUUUUCAAUGUACGUUUGCUUGUACAUUUGUUGUCCA